AUGAGUCUGUUAAUCGACCUCGGCGACGUAAGUACGGACACAGCAGCCGAGCCCAUCCUCCGAGGCUUCCCUGUGGCCAGUGUCUCGGACGCUGGCAGCAGCAACGUACUUUCACAGCAGCCGAGCAGACCAGCGGCUGACAAAGAAACGUACAUUUGCACGUGCCCUGGUUGCAUCCGGCGCUUCGAGACGCCGGAACUUCUCCAGAAGCCCAGGCGCGAGGGACAUCGUCGAGCCAAUGCGCCCCCGCACCGUUGCAUGCAGAUGAACCCGAGCACAGGGAAACCCUGCGGCACGGUGUUCUCCCGGCCUUACGAUCUUACCCGACACGAGAACACCAGUCACAAUCCGCGCAAGCCCAAUAUGCGCUGUGACCUCUGCACGGAGGACAAGACAUUCAGCCGCGCCGACGCCCUCACGCGCCACUACCGGGUCUGCCAUCCAGACGUCGAGUCCCCCGGCAAGGACCGGAAUUAA